GGAAGUAGGCACUCCCAAAAAGCCCUUUUUGGACCAAUAAUUGGCCACAGGGGCCUGCCCACCACGUGACUCGUUCCUGGUUUUGGUUCUGGGAACGUGCCACGACUCCUCACGUCGCGAAACUCGCGUUCCUCGGUCCUGCUCUGCACGCGACCUUGCCAUUCGCUCACGAUGCCGGUCUUAGACUUCGACCGCAUCGCGGUCAAGCUCUCAUCGCGCUUCGCUCGGCAUGGUCGGAUCAAUCCUUGGCCCUCAAUUGACCAUUCUCUCGACUGCUCUUCUAGAAGUCGAGGAGCCAUCCGGAGAUUUUCGCUGUGCAGGCUGCCCGGUUCUCAAAUAAAAACAGCUCGACACAAGCCGCACUACAUCCGACACCUCAUACACCACUUCCAGCCCCUCGAUGAUUAUGAAGAGAGCAACAUGAAGUUCUGGAUAGAUCAUCCUGACAAGGGCCUUAAAAUGACUGUGGUUCUCCGACACUUGCUCGGAUAUGACAACAUCAAAAAUACGGCGGCAUCACCAAAACCUUCGAUAGCUAAAUUCCUCGGCCAUGAUAUUGGCAAAGGGAUCCCCGAGUCCAAAAUGAGAGACGUGAGAUUCCUCAGUAUCGACGUCGACGGUCUUGAUGGGCAUGGAAGAAUUCCUGGGCAUUUUUCUCUCGGAGUCUCCAUUCUCGAUACUCAAACUUUACAUGCCUUGGCACGUGGCUCCGGUACCGCAAAACCAGAAAGUCGGAUAAUUGAGUCUCAUCAUUUCGUUGUUAGAUGCUGGGAACCCUCUUAUCAGCCCGCCAAGGACAAAUUCUUAUUUGGACUGCCCGAAACAGUCUCCAUACACGAACUCCGGGUGAAAUUGGGAGAAAUGAUUUCACAUCGAGAUGUCGUUGUCCUUUGUCAUAGUUCCAAAACGGAGUCUAAAAUCUUGCGGGACCUCGAAAUCGAUCUUUUUCCGAAGUAUACUUUGGAUACUGCUGAACUCUACAAGAUGCAGGAUGGAACAUCAACCACUCUGGGGAAUUUGCUCGACACGGUUGGUAUGUUGCAUGCAAUUAAAGACCUCCAUGUCGCCGGGAAUGAUGCCAAUUUCACGCUCCGGGCUCUACUGCUGCUUGCAGUCCGUGAUGCGGAAUACCAGUGCCAGUUGGAUGCCGAUUCUGUACUUCCGUAUUGGAUCUCGACAUUUGAGGCCGUAGCCUUAUGGCUAUCCGAAGACGAGAUAAAGCGGGGCAUACGCAAUCGCAGGGAAGAAAGGACUAAGGAGCGGGAGUGGCAGAUGGAGUUGCGACAGCAAUCCCGCUCCCAGGAAGGGCGGUUCGAGCGUGAAGACAAAGGCGGAGCUGACGAAGACGAAGGCGGAGCCGAUGAAGCCGUCUAGGCGGGAGAUUUCGCUGGAGGUGCAGAAAGAGCUCUUGCGGAGGAGAGAGAGCAGGCGGAGGCAGAACAACCGGGAAGCAUGGGUACUGCAGCAGUC